AUGCAGGGACCUACGCUUUGCACCUCGACGCCCAACCACUCGCAUCGAUUGCAAACGGCAUCACCAAUAGCCAUGAGCAAAGGAUCAUAUACAGGGCCAUUGGCCGAGCUGCACGCCAACUCGCCCGCAUUCAAGCCGCUCAUCCCGACCGCGCUCCUGCCAUACAUCGCGUUUGUCUCGCUCUUCUCGCUCUUCCUCUCGGCGUUCUACUUUACAACACUACCAAAGAGGGGACUGAGUGUCAAGGAGGUCGUCGUCGGCAUCGCCGCAAGUCUGCAGGCAGGCUUGGGUGUCGUCGCCCUGUUCAACGCCGUCGGCGUGUACGUGUGA